CCUGAGCUUCGGUACCCGUGCAUGCCCAGAUGCCUUUGCUGUGGGCCCCAGAUGUAAGUGAAGAUCGGUGACUAAUCAAAUCGGGGCCGCUGUUCACAAAGGCAGAUCUUAGGGGCAGGGAGUUCUCCAGGAAACGAAAGCGAAAGAGGCCAAGUUAACCGCCCAGAGCCGGAGUGGGACUGGCAGUGCUGGCUGCGGAGCUGAGGAUGGCUGCGCCGGGCUUCUUCCCGCUGCUUGUCGAGGGGUCCUGGGGCCCCUACCCCCCGAAGAACUUGAGCACCAAGUUGCAGAUAUACUUCCAGAGCCAGAAGAGAGCGGGAGGCGGAGAGUGUGAGGUCCGCCAGGAUCCCGGGAAUCCGGUCCGCUUCCUGGUGCUCUUCCACCAGCAAGACGUUCGUCAGAAAGUUCUGGAGAGAGGGAACCAUGAGUUAGUAUGGUCAGAAAAAGAAACAUUUAAGUUAACUGUCCAGAUGCCCCCAGCUCCAGAUGAAGUCCAUGAUAUUUCUGAAGAGGAAAUUCCAACAAAGGAAUUCAAGACCAAAGAACAUGCCAAAGAACCAGAUAUGUCAGAAGAUACAAAAAUGGAAGCUAUCCCAAAAGAAUGUGAAAAUAUUCCUUUUUUGGUUGCAUUUGAAAAUCUCAAAGAACAUGUGACUGAUGUCAUGUUGAUCUUGUUGGUGGAGAACAUAAGUGGCCUGUCCAGUGAUGAUUUUCAAGUGGAAGUCAUCAGAGAUUUUAAUGUUGCCGUGGUUACCUUCCAAAAAUCUAUAGAUCCUGUGACAUUUGUUCACAAUUGUGCCAUGAACCGUUCCGUGAAACAUCUUCAACUUUCUCCAAGACUUCUGGAAGUGACAAGAAAGAUCAGGGUCGAAAACCUGCCGCCUGGUGUUGACAGCUAUAAUUUGAAAUGUUUAUUUGAAGAUCCUCAAAAUGGAGGGGGAAGAGUUGUCAGUGUUGAAUAUUUUCCUGAAGAGAGUUCAGCACUGAUUGAAUUUCUUGACAGAAAAGUGUUAGACACUAUCCUGACCAGGAAACUUGAUCUCAAUAACAUGCCACUGUCUGUGUUCCCAUACUAUGAGUCUCUGGGUACAGCUUUGUACGGCAAGGAGAAGCCCCUGAUCAAGCUUCCAGCACCAUUUAGAGAAUCUUUGGAUCUUUCUUUAUGGAAGUUCUUAUACAAAAAGAAUCACCUGGUUGAGGCGAUAAAUGAAGAAGUGGGCCGUUUUCACUGUGAGCUAACAUGGUCCCAGCUCAGUGGUGAAGUUACCAUCAGACCCGCGGCCACCUUAGUCAACCAAGGAAGACAAACCAUCAAGAACUGGAAGAAAGAUGCUUCCUCAGCAUUCUCUGGCAUCAGGUCUAGGUAUAAAGUCACCAAAUUUAAAGCCGACCCAGUAGUGUGGGACACCAUAAAAAACGAUUUAGAAGAUGAAAGCAUUUUGAUAGAGUUUGAUACGCUUAUGGGGAUUGUAACUUUGGCAGGGAAAUCAGAAGAUGUGCAAAACAGAGAGCCACAAAUCAAGGAAUUAAUAGAAAACACCAGUCAAAGAAUUAAAAGAGAAGAGCAAAGUGUGAAGGAAAAAGUGGCCAUCUCUCCAGGAAAGUAUUCUCUUUUGCUCUAUAGCAGCGAUCAGGAGCGCCUCCGCACGGAGUACCCGGAGAUGGAGAUUUUUUACGAUGAAGCCACUCAACACAUGUGCUUUAAAGGCCUCGGUGUAGAUGUGUAUAAAGUAAAGUGUGAAGUCCAGGAAAAGGUGUACACCAUGGCUCAGAAAUGCAUUCAGCUUCCGCCUGAAGUUUUCCAGUUUUUGCAACAGGUCGACUGUGCAGAAUUCUCCAAGUCUUUUUUUAUAGCACAGAAAAUUCUUGCAGUUUGUGAGCUAGAGGGUACAACUGUUCUCUUAAUCAGCUAUUCUGCCGAAGCCCUAUUAGAAGCUGAAAAGCAUAUGGUCAGUGCCUUAAGUUAUAAGUGCAUAGACAUUGAGGACAGGGAAGUUCUUAAUAGCAAGAAAUGGAAAACGAUCACUGGCAAUUUGCUUAAGAAACAUAAUUCCUCUUCAAAGACUGUAAUACUCAGUGAGUUAACUUCAAAAACCCCACCCGAGGUCAUUCUUGCAGGCUGUGUGAAAGAAGUACAUGAGACCUAUGUCCUCCUUUUGGACUUUGUGGGAAAAAACAUGAAAAUAGAGAGACUGAUUGAAGUAAAGCCUCCCUUAGUUAUUGAUUAUUUAAAGGCAGAGAAGAAGCUAUUCUUACAAAAGAUGAAGCUAAGGAAGUUAAAUGUUCAGGUGAAUUUCAAUCCUGGGAACAAACCAAAGGGCAUUUUACUAACCGGCUCGAAGGCUGAAGUCAUGGAGGGAAUGAACAUCCUCAAUCAAGCCAGGGAUUCAGUCUGUGUUAAAAGGGUCUGUAUUGAUAAGCCGGGAGCCAAGCAGUUAUUCCUGGAGAAGGCACGGUAUUAUAAACGUGAGGUAUGGUCACAUGGCUGCUUUGUGGAACUGCUGCAGAAUGAAGAAAAGGAGGGAGGUGGUGCUGUUGGGCAGAAGUGCUUCUUUCAGACAGUGUUGGUCCCCGGAGUCUCUCUGGUCGUGCAGCAAGGUGACCUGACCCGGUUUCCCGUUGAAGUGGUGGUGAAUGCGGCAAAUGAGAACCUCAAGCACAUCGGGGGCCUUGCCGCUGCCCUUUCCAAAGAAGCUGGCCCUGAGCUCCAAGCAGACUGUGACCAGAUAGUGAAGGAAAAAGGCACAAUCCCAGUUGGCCAUGCCGUUGUUUCGAGAGCAGGAAAGCUCCCUUAUCGCCAGGUCAUCCAUGCAAUAGGACCCAGGUGGAAGAGGGAGGACGCCCAGGGCUGUGUGCUCCAGUUAAAGAAAGCCGUGAGACAAAGCCUCCAGUUGGCUGAAAAACUCCAGUACCGCUCGAUAGCCAUCCCUGCUAUUAGUUCUGGAGUCUUUGGCUUUCCCAUACCUCAGUGUGUGGAAGCCAUCGUUUUGGCAGUGAAGGAAACCUUCCAGUAUAACUGGGAUGGAUGCACCUUGAAGGAGAUUUACCUUGUGGAUACAUCUGAGAAGACCGUUGAGGCCUUUGCUGAAACUGUGAAAACUGUAUUUAAAAACACCGCUCCUGAUACUUCUUCCCAGCCCAGUGUACCAGCUGCAAUCCGGCCCAGCUUGAGGAAAGAUGGUGAAAACAGCAAAGUGCUGUUGUGCCCUGGUGGCCUGAGGGUCCUGUUGGUGAAAGACGAAGUGCAGAAUGCUACGACCGAUGUUGUCGUCAACUCCAUUCCUGGCAAUCUUGAGCUUAACAGAGGACCCCUUUCUCUGGCCCUCUUGAAGAAAGCUGGGCCAGAUCUCCAGAAGGAAUUGUACGCAGCUGAACAGAAGCUGCCUGUUGACGUGGGCACGAUUCUCCAAACCAGCGGUUGCAAUCUGCAUUGCCACCAAGUGCUUCAUGUGGUGGCUCCAGACUGGCAAAAUGACAACACAUCUUCACGCAAGAUAAUGGAAGACAUAAUCAGAAAAUGUUUGGAAACCACUGAGAACUUGUCCUUAAAAUCAAUUGCAUUCCCAGCCAUAGGAACAGGCAAUUUGGGGUUUCCCAAAACCGUUUUUGCUGAAUUAAUCAUUUCAGAAGUGUUCAAAUUUAGUAGCAACAACCAACCAACAGCUUUACAAAAAGUCUGCUUUCUGCUGCACCCGAAUGAUCAUGAGAAUAUUCAGGCAUUUUCAGAUGAAUUUGACAGAAGGGCUAAUAAAAAUUUCGUCAGUGACACAAUUCCCAAGGCUAAGAAUACACAAGAUUCAAGUUUCUAUAGCACUGUAACUAGCUCUGAUUUAGGAGUACAUGAAAUGAAAAUUGGUCCCAUCACCUUCCAGGUGGCCCCUGGAGAUAUUACUAAAGAAGAGGCAGAUGUGAUUGUUAAUUCAACAUCAAAGACAUUCACUCUCAAAGCAGGGGUGUCCAAAGCAAUUUUGGAACAGGCUGGGCAAGAUGUGGAAACAGAAUGUUCUCGCCUAGCUCAUCAGAGCAACAAUGGUUAUAUAAUUACUGGAGGUGGAUUACUGAAGUGCAAGAAUAUUAUUCAUGUUGUUGGCGGAAAUGAUGUCAAGAGAUCGGUUUCCUGUAUUUUGCAAGAGUGUGAAAAACGGAAUUACUCGUCCAUUUGCCUCCCAGCCAUUGGGACAGGAAGUGCUAACCAAGACCCAGAUAAGGUUGCUGAAGCCAUAAUUGAUGCCAUUGAAGACUUUAUCCAGAAAGGAUCAGUCCAGUCUGUGAAAAAAGUUAAAGCUGUUAUCUUUCUGCCUCAAAUACUGGAUGUGUUUUAUGCCAACAUGAAAAAAAGAGAAAACUCUCAGGUUUCUCCCCCUCAGUCUGUGAUGUCUAAAAUUGCAUCAUUCCUUGGCUUCUCAAAGCAAACUCCCAAAAAACAAAAGCCUUUGGUUUUGGAAAAGAAAACAGAAUCAGCAGUUUUUCAGGUUUGUGGUGAAAAUGAAAAAUGUGUGGACCGCGCCCUCUCCUGUAUCCAGGAUCUGCUACAAAAUGAACAGAGUAUUUACAUCAGUGAAGACGAAUGUAUCAAAGACUUCGAUGAAAAGGAAUGUCAGGAAUUGAUUAAGCGGCACGAGAACUUGAAUAUUAGCUUUUGCUGGGACUCUCAAAGGUCUUUGAUUAAGGUGACCGGAAUUAGCAGAGAUGUGGAACAGGUUAGGAAGGCAGUUGAGGAAAUGAUCAAAAAGACUAGAGUAGCCAAAGAGCAGGAAUCCAGAGCGGACUACGUCAGUGAGUUUGUAGAAUGGCAAUAUAAUGACAAUAACACUUUUCAUCAUUUUGACAAAAUGACCAAUCUGCAAUUGGAGGAUGCAAAAAAAAGCAAUAAAAAUACAGUUAAUGUCAAAAUUAAUAAUCAGAGCUACACUGUGGACUUGAAAUCGUGUGUCGCUACAGAUACAAAGGGACACAGUUUACCUGUUCAGCGCCUCACAAAAUCUGAAGUUGGGAACCCGGCUCACUGGUGUGAUAUGAUGCAGCAGUAUGUCCGUCUGGUCGACCUGCCACCUAGUCAUGCGGAAUACAACAAUGUGGCAACUGUGUUUUAUCAGACCUGCUCAAACUUCAAGAUUGAGAAGAUUGAGAGGAUCCAGAAUCCACAUCUCUGGAAAGUCUACCAGACCCAGAAAAAAAAUAUGGAUGAGAAGAAUGGUAAUACAAAAAACGAGAAGCUGCUCUUCCAUGGCACAGACGCUGACUCACUGCCAUAUGUCAACAAAAAUGGCUUUAACCGCAGUUACGCCGGAAAGCAUGCUGCGGCAUAUGGAAAGGGAACCUAUUUUGCCGUCCAUGCCAGUUAUUCUGCCCAUAAUACAUACUCCAAACCAGACAUACAUGGGAAAAAGCAUAUGUAUUAUGUGCGAGUACUUACUGGAUUAUACACAAAUGGAAAUUCAUCGUUAAUUGUGCCUCCUCCAAAGAACGUUCAAAAUUUUACUGACCUGUACGACACUGUCACAGAUAAUGUGAACAAUCCAACUUUGUUUGUGGUAUUUUAUGACAACCAUACCUACCCGGAGUACCUGAUUACUUUUAAAUAACGUUUUGGUAUCCUUCCCAGAAGAUGUUAUUCACCUCUACCAGUGGAUUUUCAGCCUUUUUCCUCUCAUGUACAGCACACGUAAACGAGUUACCAAAAUUCUGCGGAAAACCAAAAAAAUAUAUUUUUUGCUGAUUUGACAAAAGAAGGUGUCAUUUUGACUCAUUUACACUGGAAGCUCUUGUGAUGUGGGCGGUUGUCAUUUGCUUUAUUUGAUGCACUGAGGGAAAAGAGGUCAGUGCCCCUGACUAAACAGUCAGGUAUUUCGUGUUUCAAAACUUCUUGUGGCGCACUGGUUGAAAGUUGAUGAUCUAUAUACCUGUGUAGUUGUAAAAAAAGUUUUAGAUUUUUUUAUCUUAAUAUCUUUUUCUAAGAUCAAAGGAUCCUUGCCACUGAAAUUAGACUGCCUUCAGCUUCUCUUUUAUAACUGGAGUAAAUCAUUCUUGAAAUCAGUGAACUUGGGGAUUUAAAUCAGGUAACUUAGUUAACAAGUGUGUGUCCACAACCACGGACAUCAGAUCCGCAGAAGAAAAGAACAGGUUUGUACUUUCAGGAAUGAGAAUAACAUUAAUCUUACAAGCAGACGGCACAGCUAUGCACUUUCCGCUGCCACGGAGGAGCCAGCUGGUCCCACGUCAGGAUGCCACUUACUGUGGGGGGCAAUCUUACUUAGUGGGUUGGACUGCUGUCUUUCCUGGGGGCAGACAGGGUGUCUUACUCAUUUUUUUUUAAUCCCUGGUUGGGGGUCUGUGCCUGAUGUCCAAUGGAUAGUCCAGAAAUGUUUCAUAAGCCAAUUAAAAAUGAAAAAUCCCAGUCAAACUCCUACUCAGGUAGGAACCAUUUCUUCAACAUCCUUGACUUCUUGUCAGGUUGCCUCAAACUGAACAGGUUCCGUGAUAGUGAACUUUGUUUUUCAUGAGCUGGCCCAUGACACAAGGCCUCCAGUCAGGGCUCUGGGGUUACAGUGCCGCUGUGCCCCGCACAGCCCAGGAGCUGUGGUCAGAUGACCCAUGGACUUGUGCAGCACAUCGGCCGUGGCUCCCGUCAGGUAGGAUAGGUAGGAAGUUAAGGCAGGGAGGAAGAAGACAUGUCUCACCCAUUGACUCAGCAGUCCAGAGCCUGGGCUGAGAAGAUUGCCGGGUGCUCCGAACAUCACGAGCAGGGAUAGCGCAGGAUGAGGGGAGCCCUUGAGACUCUGUGCUGGGAAAGGGAGCUUCUGUAGCAAUUUCACUAAGGCAAAGAGCCUUUACUAGCUGAGAAAGCAAGCCUUUAUAGCUGUACGUUAUUCCCAAGUUUUGGAAGGGAGAGGAGGGGAGUCUAGAAGCUGGCUAAGGUACAUAACCCCUGAACUCAAUAGUUGGCACAGUCAGAUUAGCUGAGUUGUAGUCUUAGCUCAAGUGCCCAGAACAAACUUACUAGCUGCAUUUCCUCCGAACGUGGAGCAGAUCAGCAGGGUGCUUGCUUGCAGCUUUGCAUUCAUGCUUGAUAAAUAAACUGGCUAUCUCAUUUCCACUGUA